GAAGGAAGGAAAAAAGAAGACAAGGAAGAGAGUAAGGUUUAACUUGAAUGUACAAACCUUUGAACCAACUCUACCAUCAAGUUUAGAAGAUGAAGAUGAAUUGGUGUAUGGAGCGAGUGAUUUGGAGGAUGAGGACUAUAACAGAUGAUGAAAAUGACUAUGAAGAUGAUGCUGAUGAUGAAGAAGAUGACGGCCAGAAUGUGACUCCUCUACUGAAUCCAGAUGAGAAUAUUGCGCAGUGGAAAGCCGUUAAAGCAAAGCCAGUAAGAAGAGUUAAACAGCUAAUGAAGGAGAAUGUUGAACCGGAUAGUGAUGAUCAAGCAAAGCCCCUAAUGAAGGAGAUCAUCGUCAAUACUAGCCUCGCGGACUGGUUGGCCUCACCAAAGACUUUUCAUGGGAAUGGUUUGUGUAAGAGAUCCCAAUUGGUUAUAUCACCGACAUGGAAAACAGGUCAAAAGUUUCAUACUGAUUCACCAUUGUGAAGGAGAAGUAACCAUGUGUUUUGUUGUUUUUCUUUAUAGCAUUUUCUGAUUCUUUUGUGUGUGUAAGGGAUAUAGAGGUUUGUAUCGAUCUUUCAAUGUUUUUUA